UUAUUCCUUUCUCCGACCACCCUCUCUCUCUCUCUCUCACCGUUCAGUCAAGUCACCGGGUCAAACAUUCCGAAGACCCCCCAUGUAGAGAUCUUCCUUCCUUCCUUGUCUACCAUGUCGUCGACUACUCGCCGCGCUUCCGUGUCGGACAGCAUGGUCACCCGGACCCUCAGCGAGCUGUCCGAGAGGGACACGACACGCGUGGGGCUCGACCUCGUCCCCGCGGCGAGGCGGACCAUCGGGCUCCUCAGGACGGUCAACGAUUCCCUUUGGCUCCACGACAGACCAGCCAUUGUUGAAGCUGUCAGGAGGUACGAGGAACUGUGGAUGCCGUUGAUGUGCGGGAUCACAGUGGGGCCCAAUGCUCCGGUUGUGCUGCCUCCGAUUGAUGUUGAGUGGGUUUGGUUCUGUCACUCCUUGAAUCCGGAGGGUUACCAGCAAUACUGCGAGUCGAGAUUCUCGAAGCUUAUCGGCAAGCCUGCCAUCUUCGACAAAGAGAACGAAGAGUAUGCACUGAUAAGAUGCAGGGCGAUUUGGUCGCAAAGAUACCCAUCCGAGCCUUUCGAGAACGAAGCCGAUUUGGAUGUUCCAUCCCCGUCUGUUGUUAAUGAGUCCCUCUUGGACGAAGUGAUGAAGCAUAGGUUCUUGUACUCCAAGUUCUCGGAGCCGUACAUGACCGAAACCAUGUACCUGAUAGCGGCCAAGCAGAGAUACAAAGGGUUCUUGUACAUCUUGGGGAAAUUGUCGGGUUGGAGUAGCCGGUUCGUGCCCACUUCUGAUAUUCUGAUCAUGUGGUUCACUCAUCAGAGCUACCCCACAGUAUAUGCAGAGGACUUGAAAGAGAUCGAAUGUGAUAUGGGUAAGUUGGGAAGAGUGUGGGAGACUGUGAAGCAGGAAGAAGUUGAAGCGACCAAGAAGUUGUGGCAAAGAACUUUUGAUCAACCUUACGAGAAAGCUGGCGGCCAUAUUGCCUUGAAACAAGAAGGGGUCCCAUCCUCAGUUAAGCCGCCCAUUUAUUGGGAAGCAUUUGAUGCGGAUGUUAACACUAAAUACAAAUCGAUGAUUCCGAGGUUCUUGCUCGAGGUUUGCAUUUUCUCGAGGCUCAACUCAAGGACGAGGUCAAUGCAGGAUGCAAGACACGAGUUCUUGCGUCUUCGGGUUGUAAGAUGCCACAGAGAGCUCAAGUUCGACACACCAAUAGAAAGCAUCUCCCACAACCUGUGGAGAAAAGCUUGUCAUCUCUAUUGCGAGUUUGGGACAAGGGGUAUCGUUCUCGAACUUCGAAGUCGGGCAGGUCUUUGUCUGAAAGGAAGUAAACUUGUGGACACGGUGACGUUCUAUUGGAAUGAUUUGCUAAGGGCGCCGACUUUAACUCUAGGGAAGGAAGUAGAGCAGAAAGUUGGCAUUGUUGCUUCGAUAACUCCGCCGGCCCAGGCACCUUAUAUGCUCAAGUGUGUGCCUGAUAGAGUGACUGAUGAUUCAGGAGCAAUGAUAUCUGAUGUGAUCCUAAGAAUGAAUCAUUAUCGGCCUCAAGAAGGUCGAUGGCUGUCAAGAACUGUCCUCGACCAUGCAGGAAGAGAAUCUUUUGUCAUUCGAAUAAGAGUGGGAGGAGGAUUUUGGAGAAGAGGCGGUGAGACUCCUUCGAACAUCCAAUGGGAGGACCGAAUCAUAGAAGUACGCGAAGGUUCUUGGUCCUAUGUUGCUGGUUCCAUUGGUAGAGCCCCUGAGAAAGUGGUUGGAACCGCGAUACCAAAAGAACCCGAGGAAGAACAUUGGAAUGCAAUGUGGCACUUUUCGACGGGGGAUGAACUGAUGCUGAGGUGGCAAUCAUCGCCCUCGACUCCAGGCCCUACUUUUUGUCUAAGAAAUCAGUCAUCUUCUGAUUCAUCGGUGAAGUUGUUGGGAGGUAGGAGAAUGCAAUUCCGAACAAAUGAAAUCGAUAGCAACAGAUCACAGUUAGACGAAGAUGUUGAAUCAGAAGGCGAAUGGGAUGAGGAUUUUGUUACCCUGGUUCGGUACACAGAGGAGAACCCAAGUGGGAAGGCAACGGCCCUUAUAAACUGGAAGCUGAUGAUUGUGGAGUUUAUACCCGAGGAGGAUGCAGUGCUCAUACUUCUUCUGUGUGUCUCGAUACUGCGAAGUGUUUCCGAGAUGAGAAAAGAAGAUGUCGGGAACUUGCUAUUCAGGAGAAGAGUGAAGGAAGCGAAGCUCGGGGACAGAGACUGGGGAUCAGUUAUAUUGCAUCCUUCUUCAUACUCUUCAUCGUGCUCGUCCUUCCUUCGGCCCUGGCACUGGGAUGCUGGAGCUGUGAUGGCUAAUGAUGGGACCCAGAGCCUCACUAGGCAACCUGCUGGAUUUAAUUCGUCGGCUGUGGAAGGUGGGGAUGUGUUGUACAAGAGAGGAAUCAUGAGUUGAUGAUAAUUUGCCCUAUGUAAAGGUAAUUUGUUUGGUAUUAUUGGCACAGAUAAAUCAUAUAUAUGGACUAUCUUUGAAUACCAGUAAGGUGCAUGCUGCAGGUUACAAAGUUCA